AGUCUGGCAAAAAACAGCAAAAGGUUUUUUAGUUACCCAACGCAGUUGAACAAAGCAACAAGUGACCGACAACAUGAAGCAGUUUCUUAUUUUGGUCGUAUGUGCAUUGAGUGCCGCCCGCGCGGAUGUCUCGCAUCUACGACUGCAUACCACACCCGAACCACGUGUGCCCGCCAAGCCUUAUGUGUUUAGCUAUCAGGCGGGCCGUGCUCCCGGUCAUGUGGAUAGACAGCACACCGAGGUGUCCGAUGGCUCUGGCGUCAUACGCGGUGCCUUUUCCUAUGUGGAUCCCAGGCAUCAAGUGCGCACCGUUCAGUAUGUGGCCGAUGAGAAUGGCUUUCAUCCUCAGCUGAGUCACAAGCUGGAGGACAGCGCUGCCGUCAAGGCCGCCAAGGAGAGACAUUUUGCAGCCUACAAUCGCAUUGCUCAAGAGCAUGCCGCCGGCCUAGCACCUGGACAAGCAGCAAUUGCAGCAGCGCCGCAUGCCAGCGCCGCGGUGGUUCGUGCCACACAGAAGCAUUUGAAUGCAUUUGAGCGCAUUGCAGCGGAACAUGCAGCAAUUGGGGCACAACAGGAGGCGCAACGCUUGGCGCUGGCUGCUCAAACUGCUCACACUGACUAUGAGAACGGCCAAUAUCAUCCUUAAAUACAAACAUUUUUGUAAAUCGAAAUUGUUUUUAUUGCACAAACAAUAUGUCA